AGAGAUUUAGGAGAGAAAGAGGGAUCAAGUGUGACUCUGAACUCUGGACAGUGUGACUAUGGAUCAUCCUGGCAGCGGAUUCGCCACAUCGCCGUGGGCCGCGAUGCUGGGCCAUCACGCAAUGGGCCCAGGAGCUGAGCAUCCCGGCUUCCCGCACGCGGCAGCCCAUCAUGGCCACCACGGCAUGCCGAUGGACUUGCACGUUCCCCAAGGAUUCCCGUAUUACAGAUAUCGCGAAGAUGCCCUGUGCUGGACUGACAGGAAACCCUCGAUGGACGACGUGGGCAAUCCAACCUCGGUCAAUGCUCGCAUUCUGGAGCUGAGGAAGGAGAAGUCUCGAGAUGCCGCGAGAUCCCGCCGUGGCAAAGAGAACUACGAAUUCUAUGAAUUAGCCAAAAUGCUACCACUUCCAGCAGCCAUCACCAGCCAACUGGACAAGGCAUCAAUCAUAAGACUGACAAUUAGUUACCUGAAAUUGAGAGACUUUUCAGGCACUGGUGAUCCGCCAUGGAGUCGGGAAGCGUCAACCAGCAGUAAAGUUCUCAAAGGUGCUUCCUCGAGGCGAACACCAGCGGGAUUAGCUUUAGAUUUAUUUGAGCAACACCAAGGGACUCACAUUCUGCAGUCACUGGAUGGUUUUGCAUUAGCUGUAGCUGCCGACGGUAGAUUUUUGUACAUUUCGGAAACAGUUUCAAUAUACUUAGGACUAUCACAGGUGGAAAUGACAGGAAGCAGUAUAUUCGACUACGUCCACCACAGCGAUCAUGCGGAAGUGGCUGAGCAAUUUGGACUGAGUCUCGCAUCCGCCGGACAGGGCGGCCUCGCGUCUCCGGCCUCGGGCGGCUCUGACGAGGGCGGUGGCUCACAAGUGUCCGCUUCAAUGACGCUCAACUCAAAUAGCGCAUUCAAGGGAUACGACAGAGCUUUCUGCGUGCGGAUGAAGUCAACGCUCACCAAGCGAGGAUGCCACUUCAAGUCGUCAGGAUACAGGGUAAGCGAGGAUUCCGAUAAGCCAAUUCACAACAGUGGCAAAGUUGGUAAAUCGACAGCGUCCCACUAUUCGGUGGUUCUUAUGCUCUGCCGCCUGAGGCCCCAGUACACGUUCUCGCACACAAGGAAGCCACAACCGCCUCUUCUGGGCAUGGUGGCCCUCGCGAUUGCCCUCCCGCCGCCCUCAGUUCACGAGAUACGCCUCGAGUCCGACAUGUUCGUCACGAGGAUCAACUUUGACUUCCGAAUAGCGCAUUGUGAACCCAAAGUCUCUGAUUUGCUGGACUACACAGCUGAGGAAAUAACUGGGAAGAACUUGUAUACUCUCUGCCAUGCUGAGGAUGGUAAUAAACUUAGAAAAUGUCACGUUGAUUUGAUCAAUAAAGGACAAGUCCUCACUCACUACUGGCGAUUGAUGAAUAAGAACGGAGGAUUCACGUGGGUUCAAACGUGCGCCACGGUUGUUUGCAGCUCAAAGAAUGCUGACGAGCAGAACAUAAUUUGCGUGAAUUACGUCAUCAGCACAAAGGAGUACGCCAACAUGAUCCUGGAUUGCUGCCAGAUGGAGAACGGCAUGGAGACGAUAAAGCGCGAGGAGGUGACCAACGACAAUGGCGCCAGAUCGCCAGGCGGAGAUCCCUCGAAUGACGGCCAACCUGGGCCUUCGGCCAAUCGCCCCAAUGAUCCCCAAAAAUCCCCCAAGCCCGAAACACCUGAGCCGCGAACCCGUGCCCGGACGCAUGCCAAUGCUGGCUCAGGUGCAACUGCUCCCAACAACGCGACAUCCAUCGCUGUGGACAAGGUGGCUCCGGCAGAGGACGCCACGACGCCACUGUUGAGCAUCCCGGCGCCCAGGCGAGGCCAGAAGCGGAAACAUCGCACGGAGGAGGUGGAGAGUCUGCCCACUGAUCCCGCGCCGGCCGCUGUGCUGCCCAUCGCGAAUCCGGAGGGCCAUCGGCACGCGGAGGAACACAGCGAGAGCUCGGUGAAGAACCUGGAGAAUGCCAUGUCGAAGCAUCUGCCCGCGCAGUCCACCACGGACUUCAGCACGGACGCCCUGCUGAAGCAGCAGCAGCAGCAACAGGACAAGGGAAGCACGAUCCAGUGGAUUGGCCAUCACAACCAUCACUUCCACCAGCAGACCUCGCCCAUGCCCGCCACGGCGCUCCUCAGGCAGCUCUACGCCAACCGGGAGAGCGUCAUCCGUGCCACCACGCGACCAGCGCCCUCGGGCGUCUUCUACACAGACGCAGCCCAGACGGGCCCUCUUCCUACUCCUCCAGGCAGCGAAUCCUCCUUCGACAAUCAAUUCCUGCUGCACGGCCACGGCGCUCAGAAGCCCAGUGAUGCCUUCAGCAAUCUCGUCUCCAGCUACGGUGGAUAUCCGGCCUCCAUGGACUACCACAACGCCAUGACGCCGCCCUCGUCGGUGUCGCCACGAGACUCCAAUCCAGCAGCCAACAAGGCUCCCGCCAUUCAUCCCACCUCGACGGGAUUCGACUACGGAGAGGCCCUGAGGAGCCAGUACUCCACCUCCGAUCCGGCGGCCCCUCCUCUGCCCCUGAAGCCGCAGCCCUAUUCUGCCGCCGCGGCGAUGCACCACGCGGCCGCGGCCAACUCAAUCGAGGCGUAUGGCUCACUGGAUCAAUCCCAGUACUUCCCCCAUCACACAGGCUUCCAUCUCUACCACAAGGGCGCCCCGGCGGCCGGCUGGUACUCCACACCGUCGUAGAAACCGCCGCGGCACUCCUUUCUCGAUCUCUAAGCUGCGCUCUAGGCGCUCUAGGCUAGAGCCCGAAGAUUUCCCCCGAAAAUACUCAGAAUCCUCCCUAUGUUGUGAAUGAGUUUCCGGGGGUGUCUGAGGAGGAUCACAGGAAUACUGACAGUCUCUCCCAGUGCCAAUUUACGAUGCGAUUCACGAUCCUCCUCGAGAUACCGCCCGCGCCCCAUCGAAAGAUGAGAAUUGCAGAAGCGGAGCAGUAAAUUACAUUGUAUAAAGCUUAAGAAUUGUGUAUAGACACAGGCUAUAAAAGUAAUUAUCUUGAGAAUCCUCCAAGACAUUUAAUUUGAUCUAUAAUCAGUAGAUUAGGAAGAAUACCUUAACUAUAGGAGUUACUUGAAGACAUAGAAGCAUAUCAUAUUAAUCUUAAACUGCAUAGAGAAGGCAAAUGUUCUCUUAAAACUUGUAAUGGACUUUCCGAUGACUUAUUUAUACUUGUGUACAAACUCUCAACUCUCUGAUAUUGAUGGAAGUUAAUACUCGUACUUUCUUUAGCAUAGAACAAUUUCCCUUAAAGUAUUCUAAGGUAAAUUUGGGCGAGCGAUAGAAUGUGUCUCAAAGAGAUGGAAAAAAUGUGUAUUUGUGUGUAAAUAUUGUUCACAGAAAUUUUCCAUUCCACUUUCAGCUUCUUCCCAAAAAAAUGACAGAGACAAAAUUAAAGUUAGAUUAAUGGUAAAAAAAGCAGUAGAUAAUUAGACAUGGAAUAAUGUAACAUUCAGAAAGAAGGAAAAAUUCCAACUCUUAGUAUUACUUCUUGUUCAUGUUUCUAUAAUAAAAUUAUUGAUUAGGACUUAGAAGAGGUGAAAAAAAUUUAAAAGAUAAUGUGCAAUAAAAUACACACAUAAAGCAGCGAUUCUGUUGAACACUUUUUUCUUUGGGUCUUGUAAUGAUAAGGAGGGAUUUUUGUAAAAAGACAAUUACAUAGAGAAAUUUCUGUACUUGAACAUAAUAA